CGCGACCGCUGCGUUUUGUCAUCAAUUUUGCCCACUUAAACCGUGACCAUAUUCAUGAAGAAUUCCGCGGUUAAAAUUUGAAUUUCCAACGUUAUAGUUUAGUUUGGGUUCUCAUUGGUACCGGUACUCAAGAAGAUCGAAUUCGCAGAAUGAAGUCCAAGCACGAGAUCCCUAGUAAAACGGAUUAUAUGAAGGCAUAUACAUAUAAUUUGAUUUUAACCGAGAGAACCAAUUGUGAAUUAGAACAUGAGAGAAAUAUUGGAAAGAUUGAUGCAGCUUUUUAUAGAAAUUUUUCUUGGCAGAUUAUGGGCAAGCAAAGAGAGCGACAGUUGAGUCAAACUGAAACAAAGGAUGAUGCCAAAUCAAUAAAACAAAAUUUAUUAUCCCAAGCGAAUGGUAGACCCCGUAGGCAAAGUUUCCAUGGUACUCAUCAGGAUCAGGAUCAGGGGAAAGUCAAGGCUGUGGUAGAAUCCAGAACUGACUUCAACGGAAAUGUUCCAAAAAGAUAUACUUCCACCUGCUAUUUCAAAACAAACAACAUUCCUGCUUGGUACUCGGAAUCGGUACUAAUUAAAAUUGGAUCCACUAAAAGGGUUUACGAUGAAAAAGUAUGGUUUAAGCACAAAAUUCAACCAUAUUACUGGGAGGAAAAUAUGACGACAGAGGUCAAUUUUGCUCCAACCAUUCAACAAACUUCGCAAAUAAGAAUUCCAGUGGUGGCACCGGAUGAUGAUCAUUAUAUCUCAUUGGAACCACAACAAACUGCUGCUGGUGCCAGCUAAAUCUUGGAUAUCCAUGUAAUCAGCUGUUCAGACUGUGAAGAUUGCCAAAAACCUUUCUACAUUCCAUGCGGAAACAAAGGUAUCUACUUCAACCUUUUGUACUUUACUUAUUAUGAACCUAUUUACUAUUUUAUAUUUCUUCAUUUAUAAUCCAGUAUCUUUGCCGUGAGAGCGGGGGUUACCGUGCGUCAAAUCCGGUAGUUCUGUUUCUUUGCCGCAACCUUGUUAAAAAGGCAAAAAAAGCAAAAUUAUCGCUUGUUCGAGUUUUUGCCGAUUUCAACCGUGAAGUAGUAUUUUUUUCAGAAUUCAAGUACAUUUUAUAAGUAGGUACACUAAAUUUCCUUUGAGACUAUAAUUAUUUCUGUAGACACAAUACUUCCGGAAAUACAGCUCUUUGAAAUAUCGAAGCUAUAGGCGAAAAAGUGGUGCCUUGUCGAGUCCCCAACAUUUUCUAAUCGAAUCGAAUUUUUUUUUUUUUUUCCGGGCUUACGAAGCAUUGUUGAGAAUAGGGUCAUAUAAGCUUUCCGACGUAUUUUUCGCUCCUCUAUCCAAUGUUUUUUUUGUUUUUUUUUCUUUUUUCGAAAUUCGGAAGAGUAAAUGCAGCCCCUGUGUACACCACACUUUUUUUUUCAAAAUUGGGGGGAUAGGGGCUGAAACCCCUCUGGUAGAUCGGAGAGGGCUGAAACUCGCUCGGGUCGUCAUUUUUAGAUCGCAGCGGGGCUCCGUCCGUUUUAGAGAUAUUGCGUUUUUUAUAUUUUUCCCCCGUAUAUUUUUCAAAAAUUCCUCCCCCCUCCCCCUUCAAUCGAUAGGGCUACUUUUUCUCUACAACCAUUCAAAAUUUCAACUUUCCACCCUCAGCCGUUUGGACUGUACAGGGACCGGAAGUCAAAACUUUGACAUCCCCCUCAGGGUCCCCCGGGAUAGGAGGGGGGACGAAAACUAUUUUGGCUUGAUGAAAUUGAAAGUUUUAGGUCCCCUGAAAAUUUCAACUUUCUACCUUAUCGGGAAUUAGCUGAAACACCCCGCGCGGGCUUUGUUCCGAGAAAUUUUAAAAAGCUCUUUUGGAAACUGUUGCACCUACAGAGAUGAUUGUGGUCUUAAAUUAUAGGAAAUUUAGUCUACUUUAAAAAUUCACUGAAUAGCUAUUUCGAAAAAACUAUUCCUUCAGGGAGAAAAAUUGGCAAAAACUGAAAAAAUUUCGAAAAUUCCGCGUUUUUCUGGACUUUUGACUAGGUUGCGUUUGGUCGUCGAGUUGGAAAACUUGGGUUAUUGGACCAACAUCAUAAACAACUCAGCAAAAAAAUCAGAACUACCGGAUUUGACGCAUGGUCGCAUGUAUAUGGUUACUGGAUUAUUAGAAUAAAGAUAUUUUUUUCUUUACCUUAAUUACCUAUUCCUAUUAUUGUUAUUAUUUCACUUAUUGUAAUAUAUUUUGGAUUUAACCAA